CAGAAGGUGACAACAGAAUUCAUAAAAGUGAAGUUCUAAGAAGGUAACAAAAAAACAAGGAAAAUGCCGAAACCAAUCAAUGUAAGAGUAACCACAAUGGAUGCCGAGCUGGAAUUUGCCAUCCAGCCCAAUACAACUGGCAAACAACUUUUUGACCAGGUGGUGAAAACAGUUGGUUUGCGUGAGGUCUGGUUUUUUGGGCUGCAAUAUGUGGACAGCAAAGGUUAUUCUACGUGGCUUAAACUAAAUAAAAAGGUGACACAGCAAGAUGUUAAAAAAGAGAAUCCUUUACAGUUCAAAUUUAGAGCUAAAUUCUUUCCUGAAGAUGUUUCUGAGGAAUUAAUUCAAGAAAUAACUCAAAGACUUUUCUUCUUGCAAGUUAAAGAAGCUAUCUUAAAUGAUGAGAUAUAUUGCCCACCAGAAACUGCAGUCCUUUUGGCUUCCUAUGCUGUCCAAGCCAAGUAUGGAGAUUAUAACAAAGAGAUUCACAAACAAGGCUACCUGGCUAAUGAUAGACUCCUACCCCAGCGUGUUUUGGAACAACACAAACUGACAAAAGAACAGUGGGAAGAAAGAAUACAGAACUGGCAUGAAGAACAUAGAGGAAUGCUAAGGGAAGAUUCUAUGAUGGAAUACCUGAAGAUUGCACAGGAUCUAGAAAUGUAUGGAGUCAACUAUUUUGAAAUAAAAAAUAAAAAAGGAACUGAAUUGUGGCUAGGUGUUGAUGCUUUGGGCCUGAAUAUUUAUGAGCAUGAUGACAAGUUAACACCUAAAAUUGGUUUUCCCUGGAGUGAAAUCAGAAAUAUUUCAUUUAAUGAUAAAAAAUUUGUUAUAAAGCCGAUCGACAAAAAGGCACCUGAUUUUGUUUUCUAUGCACCUCGUCUGAGAAUCAAUAAGCGGAUUUUGGCCUUAUGUAUGGGAAACCAUGAACUAUACAUGCGAAGAAGGAAGCCUGAUACUAUUGAAGUACAACAGAUGAAGGCCCAGGCUAGGGAGGAGAAGCAUCAGAAGCAGUUGGAAAGGGCACAAUUAGAGAACGAAAAGAAGAAAAGAGAAAUAGCAGAAAAGGAAAAGGAAAGAAUAGAACGUGAAAAGGAAGAGCUAAUGGAACGUCUAAGGCAAAUUGAAGAACAGACAUUGAAAGCCCAGAAAGAACUAGAAGAACAGACUCGAAAAGCUCUAGAACUGGACCAGGAACGAAAACGAGCAAAAGAAGAAGCAGAAAGGCUUGAAAAGGAGCGUCAAGCUGCUGAAGAGGCCAGGGCAGCUAUAGCAAAACAAGCUGCUGACCAGUUGAAGACUCAGGAACAGCUAGCAGCAGAACUUGCUGAAUUCACUGCCAGGAUUGCACUUCUAGAAGAAGCCAAGAAGAAAAAGGAAGAGGAAGCUGCUGAGUGGCAACAUAAAGCUUUUGCAGCCCAGGAAGAUUUGGAAAAGACCAAAGAAGAGUUAAAAACUGUGAUGUCUUCCCCCCCUCCACUUCCACCACCACCAGUAAUUCCUCCAACAGAAAAUGAGCACGAUGAACAUGAUGAGAAUAAUGCUGAGGCUAGUGCUGAAUUAUCAAAUGACGGGGUAAUGAACCACAGAAGUGAGGAAGAACGUGUAACAGAAACACAGAAAAAUGAGCGUGUUAAGAAGCAACUCCAGGCAUUAAGUUCGGAAUUAGCCCAGGCCAGAGAUGAAAGCAAGAAAACACAAAAUGAUGUUCUGCAUGCUGAGAAUGUUAAAGCAGGCCGUGAUAAAUACAAGACUCUGCGACAGAUUCGACAAGGCAACACAAAGCAACGUAUUGAUGAGUUUGAAGCAAUGUGAGAACUGUUAUUUUUGCAUACAUGUUCUUCAUAAGCUGAACCACCAACAGAGAAAAGCAGGCCUUUGCAGAUGUGAUGGAAUGCAUCCCACCUUGCCAAAGCACUUAUACCAGUUUGACUGUCAUGGCUGAAAGACAUAUUUAAGGGGAGCUCUUCAACAUAAAGGCAGUGUGAUAUCAUGCUGGUUUUCUUUUGGGCCAGGGAACGGAGAACAGUGUUCCAUCACCUCCUUUCACAUUUUGCAUUUUCCAUUUUUUUUUCUGUUGAAGAUUAAUACUAAUGAUCAUGUCUGACAAAUGUGUAUGUGUGAUUUAAGCACUUUGUACAUUUUAAAGGAUGAUGGUGACUUGAGUGUUUAGUUUGUUUUCCCUUGCCCCUUCCAUAUUAUACCUGCAUGUAUUUCCACAUUCUCUCUCAUUAUAUUUUCUCAGUGUGCCCUUUCCAUAUCUUGCCAUGCCCAUAGCCAUAAUUCAGCCACCAAACAGAUCAUUGGCAGUGUUCAAGGUGAGGGCAGGUCACACAGGUGGGCAGUCUUUGAUUAUUAUGUAGAAGAAGAUAGAUGUGAAUCAUGAAAAGUAUAAAUCCCAAUUUUAUUACAUUAUUGUAUGUUUGGUAUUUGUUUACUUGAUUACAGUCAUCUUUGACAGUUGAAUUGAUUGGUGUUUCAUCUUCUGUUUUCCUUUACACAGCAGGUAGUAGCUCCUAGGAGACUUUACUGAUGAAACAUUACCUGCAGAUAACAGUUGUCUCUGAAAGAUUUAAAAGGUUUUCUUCUUUCAUAGAUUAAUUUAGACAAGCAGACAUUUAAUAAAAGGAAAUACACAUUUGUUGGUAAUUGAUUAUAACCAUUAAAAAAAACCCUGGACCUUCCUGGAAGGGUGGCACAUACAAACAUCAGUCCCAUGAGGGGACAGUAAUACUACCUCACUACUACACCUGCGAUGACUGGUUGUUCAAACACAAUGGAGUGUGUAAGCUAUAUGUUUUAUAAUACAUAGUGAUGCUUUCAGUCAUGAAGGGAUAUUUUUGAGAUUUCCUUUUCCUUCAGAAUAUCUUAGAGUGCUAAAUUUUUAACUGCCUUUUUGUUGAGUUGAAUUGUGGGACUCUUAUUUGUAUUAAAAUUGUAAGCUCUCACUGGUAUACUAUCUGGAGGGGUGUUGUAUGUCUAAGGAAGGGGUGUGUGUGUGUGUGUGUGUGUGUGUGUGUGUGUGUGUGUGUGUGUAAAAGAGAGAUGUUGCCCUUGUAGUAUAUGAAGAAUGUCUAUACCUUCAUUUCUUGAUAUAAUUGUUACAUAAUCAUUUUAGCAUAUUUGGUUCCUAAAUCAUUGUGCUUAUUGUUUUUUCAGUCUCUAACUAAGAGUACUUAAAUUUGGUUUGUUAAUCCUAUUUUAGAAAUUAUGAUUUUUAGAUUAUAUUAAGUUCAAUUAUAUCUUACAAAGAAAUCUUUCCAGUGUGAAAGAUGUUCUAAUAGUCACAUGUUCUAACAUUUUCUUUAUUGUAAAACAUCUGGAUUUGGAGAUAAGGAAAGCCUUGUUUUCUCUGUGUGGUUCAGCUACUUUCCAUUUGGUAUUAUGCAUUCAAAUUUACAUUUAUCUAUUAAAAUUGCCAUUUUGUUAGGACAUUUUUCAUACACAGUAGGUUCAAGUUGUGUCUGAAAAUAUCCCUUGUGCUUUUUUUGAUUUUGCUGACUUUAAAAGGAUUAAUCUGGGCAGGCAUUAUGAAAAGGAAAGGUGGCAUUUAAUAUAUAUUUGUUGGACUUUGUAGGACAAGAGAUAGCUGGUUAAGCCUUGAAGCGACUGUUGUACGGUGGCUGUGCACAUCCUUCCGAUCCCUGUGGAAGACAAGGUUUCUGUUUGCAGCACAUUAGAGGACUAGACAGUGAACCCUACUAUUCGUGGUUUAAAGCAUGUGUUCACUUUUCCAAAACAUUAAAGCAAUUGCCACAACAGGUGAAAACUUGGACUCCCAUUGGAUUUUUAUUGAUUUUCAUCAUUUUGAACUGUGUGCACUACCAUUGCUACAUCAGUUUGAUAUCAGUGUUGAAAAAUUACCAGUUAUAUUUGCUGUUCAUAAUCUGUUUGUAGAUUAGGAUUAAAAUGGAUUUAAUCCAUUUUUAAAGCUGUGUGAAUUUUUCUAAACAGGAACAACUAUUUGCAAUAUGGGUUUUCAUAGUGAUUAAACCAAUUAUAACUUUUAUUAUUAGCAGUUGAGAGCACAUGUUCAUAUAGCAAUGUAAAAAUAUAUUAAUGAGUAUUUGGUAAAUUCCACCAGGCUUUUACCAUUAGUAUAAUUUUGUGUUGUACAAUUAAGUUACAAUUACAUCUAUAAUUUUGGAUAACAUUCAUUCAUUGGUUAACAAUAAAGUGACAAAAGCUCA